AUGAAUUCUAUUCAACAUAUUCAACAAGUAGAAGAGCUCAUUAAAGAAUAUUUACUGUUUAGAGGGUUUUCAGUCACAUUUCGGUCUUUCGAAACAGAAUGUCGAAAUGACAGAGAUAAAGGGUUUCAUGCCGAAAAAAUUAUUGAAGAAUUAUAUUCAUUCAUAGCAAAUAGUGAUAUAAAUGGAUUACUUGACUAUUGGGAGUAUUUAAAUAUAAGAUAUUUUUCGAGAUUAGAUGCUAGAUAUUUUGGAAGUGUUAAGAAGUUUAAGAUAUCUCUUUUAAGAUACUAUCUUGUAUAUGCGACACAACAAAAACGUAAAGAAAAAGUACUAGAAUUCUUUGAUAUGUUUGAAACGGAAUUAAAUGGAAAUCCGGAGUGGUCUAAAUGGUUUGAUCGAUUUCAAAGACGUGCAUUGGAAACUGAGGUUCAAACUCUACAUAAUGUGAUAGUUGAUCUCAAAUCAAAAAUAGAGCAUUGUGAUUCCGAACUUGCGAACUUACGACAAACGGUCGUUCAAUCUCAUGAAUUAUUAAGCCCACAGCGAUAUGCAAAGUCGUUGCUUGAUCAAAAAAAUAAAGAUGCUCACUCUUUAAGAAGUCUUACACAGCUCAACCACAAUGGAACAAAAUCGCCUGAAACAUUUUCUGAUGGCCGAAGCAUGACUUCGAUAUCAGAAUUUGAUAUGGAUGAGACUCAAAAGUUGUUAGGCGAAGAUAUAAACUAA